GAUACUUUUCUUACUGGUGUUUUUUUUCUCCUUUUCAAUUUUCUUCUCUGAUACAAAGGGGUUAAUAUCAAUUAUCAACUAAAUAAUUACAUUACAAUCCAUUAUCUCUGUCUAAUGGCGAGAGAAGAAGUGUUCGAGUUUCUCGGUGGCGUUCCUCUGCUUCAGAGACUUCCUAGAUCAUCUUUAUGGAACAUAUCUCAACUUGUUAUUGUCAAAAACUAUGAGCCGGGAGAGUAUGUCGUUCGUGAGGGAGAUCCUGGAGAGGGUCUUUACUUCAUUUGGGAAGGAGAGGCUGAGGUUAUUGGAUCUGGUCUUGCUGAUGAUGAAAAUAAUAUAGAGUUUCAACUGAAAAGGCAUGACUAUUUUGGUUUUGGUUUAUCAAAUGCAGUUCACCAUGCUGAUGUGGUAGCUUUGACCAAGCUAUCCUGUCUAGUGCUGCCCCAUGAGCACUCGGCACUGUUGCAGCCAAAGUCUAUCUGGAGUGCAGAAAAAACUCUUGAGACAUGCUCGCCUGUGGAGCAUAUAUUGCAUUUGGAACCAAUUGAGGUAGAUAUUUUCCAAGGAAUAACACCUCCAGAUGCUCCAAAAUUUGGGAAGGUGUAUGGGGGACAGUUCGUUGGACAGGCACUAGCUGCAGCAUCAAAGUCUGUUGAUUGUCAAAAAGUUGUUCAUAGCUUACAUGUAUAUUUUCUUCUUGCGGGGGAUUUUGACAUACCAAUUCUAUAUAAAGUUAAGCGUCUGCGUGAGGGGAAGAGCUUUGCUACAAGGAAAGUAGAUGCAAUUCAAAAGGGAAAUCUCAUAUUCACUUUGCUGGCUUCAUUUCAGAAAGAUGAAUUAGGGCCUGACCACCAGGAAGUGUCUAUGCCAUCUGUCCCUGACCCAGAUGAGCUUGUAUCAAUGGAAGAGUUACGAGAGCAACGUCUUAUUGACCCUCGUCUUCCAAGAACUUACCGGAACAAAGUUGCUACAGCUGAAUUCAUUCCCUGGCCCAUAGAGAUACGAUUCUGUGAUCCUAAACCUGCAACAAAUCAGACAAAAACUCCUCCUAGUUUGAGAUAUUGGUUUAGAGCAAAGGGAAAACUGUCAGAUGAUCAGGCCUUGCAUAGGUGUGUGGUGGCAUAUACUUCAGAUCUAUUAUUUCUUGAAGUAAGUAUGAAUCCCCACCGCCGGAAAGGCUUAAAGAGGCGCGCUUUGAGUUUGGACCACUCCGUGUGGUUUCACAGACCUGUAAGAGCUGAUGACUGGAUACUAUUUGUGAUCUUUAGUCCUAGUGCCUUUAGUGGUCGCGGCUAUGUUACAGGCCAAAUGUUCAAUAAAAAAGGAGAGCUUCUUGUUUCAUUGGUUCAAGAAGGCCUGACAAGGAAGGUUAAUCCCAAAAGUUCAGCCAUCAGCUCUAAGUUGUGAAUUUUCAUCAAACAAAAAUAACAGCUAAAAAUUCACAUGACAUGUGAUUUUCUUGCUAGUUGUCUUUUUAUGCAGCUCUUCAAUUUUGUUUUAUUAGAAAUACAAUCGUGAGUUAUAAAAUCUGCUAAAAUACCCUUAUUUGUAUAAGUUAAAAUAAAACAAAUAGAAGGAAGUGCGAUUAGUGAUUUUAUGUAGUUAGACUUUUGUAUGGAGGUGGUCAGUAGUAAUAGAGAAGGCAUAUUGAGAUAGUGUACUACCUGAUUUUAUCAUGUACGAGUUGUUUGUAGUUUACUGGCAGCGAUGGAGAACUUGGCUUCACACAUGUUAUCUUCUCUUUAGAUUCUAAAGUGGUUGUUGAUGCCUUCAA